AUGGCCAAACCCAUCAUCGUCUGCAUCCCCGGCGCCUUCCACGCCCGCUCAUCGUGGGACAAAGUCGCCAUCCCCCUCCGCCAACAGGGCUACACGGUCCUCACACCCCCCCUCGCAACAUGCACCACCACAGAAGACGCGCAUGAAAUAGUAGGCAAGACGACCCUAGACGACGUCUCCCUCAUCCACGAGCAGCUCCUCCCGCUGCUGGACCAAGGCGCCGAAGCACUCCUCGUAUCCCACAGCUACGGCUCCGUGUCCGCCACUCUCGCCAUAGAAGGACACACAGUCGCGGACAGAAAAUCAAGAGGUUUAAACGGCGGGAUUAUAGGACUCGUGGUGAUAGCUGGGUUUGCGUUUCGAGUACAUGGGAAGAGUAUCGUGGGGGAUGAUAGUGACCCGCCUGUGCCAGAGUACUUUACAGUCAAGGAUGGGAUAUGUCACUUGAAGGAGAUUGCCAAGACGUUUUUCUACAGCGAUUUGCCUGCCGCGCAGCAGGACGACGCGUGGGGGAGGUUAUUGAAGGCGCAUAGCCGUGCUAGUUUAUGUGCGUUUCCCAAGUUUAUCGCCUCUGAUGUGGUUGUUCCCAAGACGUAUGUGCUGUGUGAGUUGGACAAGGCGGUUGAGCCGGCGCACCAGGAGAUGUUUACGCAGAUUGGGAAGUUUGAUCGCGUGGUUAGGAUUGAGGCUGGUCAUACACCGUUGGUGAGUGUGCCGGAGAGAAUUGUGGAUAUUGUGGUUGAGGCGGCGAAUUGA